AUGAAGUCGAAUUAUUUGAGUGUUACCUUAUCGAAGAGACUUAAAGAAUUAGGAUUACUUGUUGGUAGAAAUCCUUCUUACUUUAUCGUCAUUCCAGUGUUUGUAUCCGUGGUAUUAGCUACGGGUCUUCACAAGUGGUACGAAGAAAGGAACGUAAAAUAUUUAUUUGGACCCAAGAAUACCAGACAUGUUAAAGAAGAAGAAGUAAUAGGAAGGAUAUUUUCAAUGAAUCUAUCUUCCGAAGCACACAUGGGAAAAAUGAACAGAGAACCAAAUAUAGCAGUAGUCCUAGUAACAGCCAAAGACGAAGGAUCUGUGCUUCGACGAGACAUAUUUCGAGAGAUUAUUCAAUUGAAUGAAAUUAUUCAAAAUGUACAAACUGCAGAGAAUUUCACAUACAAAGAUUUAUGCGCAAGAAAUAACAAAAGAUGCUUCGAAAAUUCUAUUUUAUUCAUGCAAGACGAAGUCGAAAUGAUGGAAAACAAAACUUAUUCCAUCGAAUAUCCUUUAAGCACAAAAGGUAAUUACGAUUUCAAAGUAAUGAGUUUAUUUUUAGGAGGAGUCGAAACAAGUGUAGAAGAUUACGUAAAAAGCGCGAAAGCUUUGCGUCUAUUUUAUUACUUAAACGAUAAUUCGGAACUUCGAAAAUACAGAGCAGAAGAAUGGCAAAAACUAUUUUUGGAUCGUAUUGCAUCCAGUACUUUUGAGUACAUAAUCGUCGAUCGAUACACGUCGAUUACAAUCGAACAAGAAAUGUUUAAACUAGUAUAUCGAAUAUUUGCUCGAAUACUGAUUUCAAUGUUAGCAGUAGUAAUCUUUUCAAUGCUGACUUGUCUGUAUAACAGUUGGAUCGAGAGCAAACCUUGGAUCGGAGUCAUUGCAUUGAUAUCGGGAGGAAUGUCUUUGGCUUCGUCAUUUGGAUUGGUCAUGUAUUUUAAUAUACCGUUUGUGGUUACUGCUGGAUGUGUACCCUUUCUAAUUAUAGGUAAGCGUUAUUAAUUUAUUAAAAUUUUGUUUAGGUAUUACCAUAAUCCGUUUUUCGAUAAGAAUUAAUAAAUAUAAUACAAAUAUAAAUAUUAAUUUAA